AUGGGUAAUCUACCUUCGCCUCGCGUAUGCGAGACAAUACCCUUCACAAAUACCGGUAUCGAUUUCUGCGGUCCCUUUCAUAUGAAAGAGAGAAAACAUCGAAACCGUACGAGAGUCAAGGUUUACGUAUGCGUAUUCGUAUGCAUGACUAUAAAGGCUGUGCAUAUGGAAGUCGUAAGCGAUUUAAGUUCCGAAGGCUUCAUAGCAGCAUUACGACGAUUCGUCGCGCGACGCGGCCUACCAAAAAACAUCUAUUCCGACAACGGGACUAACUUCGUAGGAGCGAACAAUAAAUUGAAGGAAUUAUACGUCUUGUUCAACUCCAGUGAACACAUAGAGCUCAUUAACCGAUAUUCAAAUAAUCAUCAUAUCACGUGGCACUUCAUACCGCCUAGCGCUCCUCAUUUCGGCGGGCUUUGGGAGUCCACGGUUAAGCUCUUUAAACACCACUUCAAGCGCGUGGUGGGCGAUUCUUUGUUUACAUUCGAAGAAUUAAACACAUUUACCAUUGAAAUAGAGGGCAUUUUAAACUCCAGACCCUUGACGUCCCUUUCCUCCGAUCCGAACGACUUGCAUGUACUCACGCCCGCUCACUACUUAAUCGGCAGACCAUUGACGGCCCCUCCCGAGGGCGAAUUGCUAUCUGUUCCAGCAAAUCGACUGUCGACCUGGCAACACAUAAGCAAGGUACGACAAGACUUCUGGGCGCGCUGGCAUCUGGAAUACCUAAACGAACUCCAAAAACGCGCCAAAUGGACCAAGGAUACGCCCAACCUGACAAUCGGCAGCGUUGUGCUCAUCAAAGAACGAAAUCUACCUUGCACGCAAUGGGCUUUAGGCAGGAUCACUAAACUAUAUCCCGGCGAUGACGGAGUAGCGCGGGCUGCGGAUCUCAAAACAACAAACGGAGAGAUUAGACGAGCAACCAAGAACAUUUGCCCUAUCUCGAUAGAACCAUAA